UUUGCCGGAUCAGAACACUUGGAUGUCGGCUAUCGAGAACAUGGCUGAGAAGCUGGAGACGUUUAGCUCCUUGAAGCCAGAGUCCGGGGACCUGCUGCGCUCCGUGCCCUCCAUGUUCGACUUCAGAGCGCCACCCUCGGCGCUCCCUGAGACGCUGCUGCGCAAAGGCAAGGAGCGCUAUACUUGCAGAUAUUGUGGUAAAAUCUUCCCACGCUCUGCCAACCUGACGCGCCACCUUAGGACUCAUACAGGCGAGCAACCUUACAG